AUGGAACUUCAAGAUACCCCAAAGCAUGCAGAGACAACAGAAGAUGAAUUCGGUUUCACUCCAAGUGAGCAGCGCAGAAUCAUUCACAAAAUAGACCGACGGCUUAUUACUGGCCUGGGUCUAUUGUUUGGAGUGAGCUUGAUGGACCGGACUAAUCUAGGAAAUGCUUCGAUUGCAGGGAUGCAGCAAGAGCUAAAGUUGAACAUCGGAGCUCGAUAUUCUAUUGUGCUUCUUGUUUUCUUCAUUCCAUAUGUGAUUGUCCAAUUUCCUAGUUCGAUCAUCGUCCGCAAAAUUGGAGCCCGAGCAUUUCUGGCAGGGAUUACUUUUGCAUGGGGGGUGGUGAUGAUAGGAUUUGGAUUCGUUCACGACUGGAAAACAAUGCUAGGACUGCGUGUUAUUUUGGGGGCGUUUGAAGCAGGCCUGUUUCCCGGGGCUAUAUACCUCCUUUCUCUGUGGUAUACCCGCUACGAGGUCCACAAGCGCUACUCCUCGUUCUAUCUGAUCAGCGUGAUCGGGGGUUCCCUCUCGGGCGUACUUGCCUAUGGCUUUAUGCAAAUGGCCGGUCUUGCAGGGCUCGCUGCCUGGAAAUGGAUCUUCAUCAUGGAAGGUAUCCUUACUUGCAUUUUCGCGGUGAUCGGAUUCUUCCUCCUUGUCAGCUUUCCACAAGAUGUGCACAAAUCUCGUAGCUUUCUUCCAGCUCGGGAGAUCGAAUUUGUCCUUUGGCGCAUCGAGCAAGAUCGACAGGACGUUGCCGAGGAACCAUUUACUCUCUCCGCAUUUAUCAAACCUGCCGCCGAAUGGAUGGUUUGGGGGUUUGCUAUAAUCUUCUUAUGCAGCACCGUGGUCUCUUAUGCCAUCGCAUUCUUCUUACCCAUCAUCUUGUCCAGCAAACUAGGCUUUGGUGUUGGUGCUUCCCAGGCCCUCAGCACACCUCCAUACUUUUUCGCUGGUGUCGUUAUGUAUGUGGAAGGAUGGCUCGGUGACAAAUGGCAUCUUCGAAGUCCCAUCAUUAUUUACAACUCACUGCAGACAAUAGUUGGUUUGUGUCUCCUGGAGUGGGUUGCGUCGCCGGGCGUCCAAUACUUCGGCCUUUUCCUCGUCGCGUCAGGUUCAAAUGCUAACAUACCGGCGGUCCUCGCUUGGCAAGCAAACAACAUUCGUGGGCAGUGGAAACGUGCCUUUUGUAGUGCCAGUAUGAUUACUUGCGGUGGUAUCGGAGGCAUCAUUGGGGCAGUUGUAUAUCGGUCGCAGGAUGCACCGACAUUCUUUCCUGGAGUGAUCACGUCGAUUGGAUUGAACAUUCUGAUUAUGGCUCUAACGGGCAUUUUGACUCUGUACUUCCAUAGGGCGAAUGGAAAGGCCCGACUGGGAAGAACCGUUAUUGAAGGACUUCCUGGCUUCCACUACACCUUAUGA